AUGUCUCCCAAGAAGGUAUCCUCGUCCGAGCGCGUCCAUUCGCGUCAGACAGACGAUCCCAAAGCGGCCCUGACACCUCUGACUGCCCCUGCGCAGCCAACGCCACUCGCGCGCAUCCCCUCGCCUGCGCGCUUCUUUCUGGUCGUUCUGAGCAGUCUCUUGGUCAGCUCGGUCCUUCACUCUCUCACCUCGGAUUUGACAUUGAAUGACCUCGGCCUGGUCAGCAAACACUUGGAGGAGUGGUGGGAAGUGGGGGUCUUGGUGGGAUGGAGAGCCGUUGAAGUUGGCUUGGCCUGGGCUGUUGGACUUGACAGUUGGGAUGCCGCAUCCUUCCUCUUCUUAACGCACAUGCCCACCUACACCCUUUUGUCCUUCUUCUAUGGCGUUCGACCUACUUCGGUUCUCACCUCGUAUGCGAUCACAAUCGCCUCGACGGUGAUUCCAUUCGCCCUCUUGCGCCGGCCAUCGUCGGUUCAUGAUUUGUCGCACGCUCCAUCGGGCGCCGUUGCCAACCGAACCAUUCUGCAAGACCAUUUGACGACGAUCUACACCACUCUUACCGCGACGUCUAUCUUUAGUGUCAUGCUGUACGCAAGCUACGCAACUUGGCUUCCUGUCCAGCUCGUGAUGCACUUUGAGAGCAUUCCGGACAUCAGCGCCGCGCAUGCUGGUCCCGCAGGUCUUCCUACUCUCUUCUUGACUUUGAUCCCUGUCGGCUAUGCUGUGCGCGAUUUCCUGUUCGUUAGCUCCGCUGGAAACUCGACGAGCUCGACCGAAGAUGAGGCCAAACGUGAAGAACGUCAGGGAGAAGUCCUAUUUACGGCUAUUUAUCGCAAGACCUGGGGUCAGUUGUCAGUCAAGGCGAGAAUUCUGGCUUCUCGUACGCUCCUGUUGGCGUCUGUGAUCCUGCUCAACACCAUUGUCCAGGUUGCAGGCACGAUUCAGAGUGUUUCUGUGGAAGGCGCAUUUGUGUGGGGCUCUGUUUGGGCUGUCGCUACAUUGGCAGUGGGCGGUGUCUUUGCCUGGGUUGAGGCAGUGGAUGGUGUAUAG